AGGCGCCAGAGGUGGGGCGUGCGGCUGGGAGCCGCUAGGGCCAGAGGGUUGGGGGGGGGGGCUCCCAGUGGGCUGCCCUGUGACGGCUGCCUCCGCGCUACCGGGCUGGGCCAGAGUAGGGAGCAGGAGGGCGGGCUCCCGCCCGGCUGGGGCAUCCGGCUCCGCCUCCUCCUGGAAGGACUAUUUAGCUCUGGAGGUGCUGAGGUCAGUCCCCUAGCAGGACCCCCGACCUAGCGCAGGCAGCACUGGACUAAGGAGGCUCCUGGCCCAGCCCGCCACCGCUUCUCCCCUGAGACUGGCUGGCCUGCAGACGGACGGACGGACGGACAGACAUAGCCCCGCCUGCCAUGGCCUGGCUCCUGACCGGCACCCUUGGUUGCAUCAGCCUCCUCUACCUGCUGCUCCCGGGCACCCUGUCCCGCAGCCUGGGCGGGAGCCAGCGGCCUGCCCUCCCCAGGGAGCCCCCAGCCCAUGCCCCUUCCAGCAGCCUGAAGCCUCCAUCCCCUGUGCCUCAGCCUGUGGACUGGAAGCUACAGCAGGCCCUCCAGCCUCCGCGGCGCGCCAGCCGAGCCCCUGCCACGGGUCAGCCUCUCCGGGAUGGUGCCCACCGACGCCGGGGCCCCCACAGGUCCCGAGCCCAGCUCCUGCGGGUGGGCUGUGUGCUGGGCACCUGCCAGGUCCAGAACCUUAGCCACCGCCUAUGGCAGCUGGUGGGGUCAGCCGGCCCACGGAACGCAGCCCCCGUGGACCCCAGCAGCCCCUACAGCUACGGCUGAGGCGGAGCGGCCCGUCCCAGCCGGGAUGCUGCACCUUGAUCCUGGAGCCCCCACCUGGCCCCCCGGACCUCCUGCAAACAGCAGUCCCCUGAAGAGCUGGCGACCCCCGAGGUGCCCCCUGCCCUACCCCGCACCCACCAGGUUCCGUGGCUAGCACCGCAGCCCAAGCAGGUCCACAAGCAGUCUGGGCUCCCGAAAAGGCUUCGGGGGCCAGGCCUCCCCAAGACAUGGGGAGACCAGGGCCAAGCAGGCACACCCGGCCCUCCCCACUGGGCCUGACCCCAUCAGACUGAGCCCCGCUUGGCCUGUCCCGGGGCCCCAGCCUUCCCACCCCCGUGCCCUUGAGUCUGUGAGGGCAGCAGGCAGGGGGACCCCACGGCGGUCCCCAUCCCCGGAGCCGGCAUGAGGGAGGGCAGGCCACGCCGGGAACUGUUGCUCCAGUCGCCAACUCUGGAGGCUGAGGUCAGGGUCCAAAUGGGGACCCCUCCCUGGAUCUCCAGGCAACACAGGGGAGCCUGGGAGGGGGCACACGGGGCACAGGGGGUGGGAGCAAGAUCUCCCAGCCCAAACAGGUCAAUGACGUCACAGCCACCACCACCUCAAGUGGCUGGAUGCCAAGCGAGGGUGGGGGCACCUCAGGCCUCCCAGUCUCCGUGAGCCCACCCUGCCCCGCCUGGGGACCCACGGAGGCGGCAGGCUUAUGGAGAGUUAGGGAGGCAGAUGGUCCUUUAAAGGUUAGAACGAGCUCUCGGGCCAGUUCUGCUGUGUGUCCACCCUGGGUGGGUCCUUCCCAUGCGGGGCGUCCCUGGGGACUGUGCUCCCCACCCCAGCCACACAAGGCACAGCCCAGCCUCCAGAAAGGUGGUGCCUCGUUCAUGGCAAACAGUGAUAAGUGCUCCUCUGCCAACAUCUCCACCACCCGUGAGGUCAGCACUAUCACUACCCCAGUCGAGGAGCAGAAGCCACGGCCACGGAGGUCAGGUGAGCUCCUCCUGCUGCCAGCGCAGCAUCCACCCGUGGGACCCCCGGCAUGGGAGUCUCCUGGAGAAGCCCAUCUGGGCUCCCACCCAGUGUCUGCUCUUCUAGCUGGGGUCCCGCCUGGCCAGGUAAGGUCCUGCCCUCCCUUAGGCCCCGUGGGGACAGGUGAGGCUGCUUCCUGAGCUCAGGCGAGGGCAGUCAGUUGGUGUGAGAAAGGCUGCCUGGCGAGCAGAGAUCUGAGGAUGGCCAGGCGCUGGCAGUGCCAGGACCCCACAUCCACAGGGGGUGGCAGGGAGGCCCCUGAAAAGCAGCUAAGAGGCUGGAACUGGUGUGAGUACCCGUGGCAGAGGGGCCAGGGGCCUGUGGUCACCGCAGGGUGUCAGCAGGGCAGUGAGGAGGUGGGAGGGGGAGCCAGAAAGAGGAGCGGUCUAGGAGGGUCAAACCCAGAGAGUCAGGAGAACCAUGUGGCCAGGUGCCCCACUCCCACCCCCACCCAGCACCCAGUCCUGGACCCGUGCGCGCUCAUUCUCCGUGUAGAGUGCCCCUCCUCCAGGGUCAGAGCAGCCAGCCCCCAGGACACCCUGUCCUCACUGAGGCUCUCCACAAGGUUGCAGGUGACAGACUGUUGAGCUCCAAGCAUCCCUGCACUGUGACACGUGGUCACAGCAUCUGACCUGCUGUCCGCCUGGCCCCUGAGCUCCCAGCCACUUGGGGCACUGACUUGGUGCCCACCCGGACUGGUGGCGGCAGCCCCCGAGCAGCCCCAGGGCCCCAGCAGCCGUCUGUCUGCCUCUCCCCAUCGCCCCAGACAGUUGGCUGGUCGUUGACUACUUCUACUCUAAGCCACCACCUGCUUUGGGGUGACAGCUCAGUCCCCUCCCCGGGGCCCCCACCCUUCCUCAGCCAACACUUGCCCGGCUGCGGGAGGCACCAGCAAACAGCCCCCUCCCCACGGCCACAGCCACAGUAGGAGGAGACCCAGGGAAACUACCUCCUUGGGAGCGAAGCAAACGACACCCCAUGACUCCCCAUGUAUCAGGACAACAGGUGGCACUUUGAAGGGGUCCCCGUGCUCCCCAGCUUGUUGUCAGCACAGCCAGGAGCAGCCCCCUAGCCUUCUCGCCCAGUAAAGCUGAGUAGGGGCUCCGGCCUGCAUGCCGGGUCAGCCACUGCCCUGCGUCCCCCCUGCCGCCUCCCUGCCCUGACCUCCCUGUCCUGACCAUAUUCUGACCGCUCCCCCCGCCCCGCCGUCUUCCUGACAUACCACAAGGACUGGUUCUGCUCCCAGUCAGCAUCCUUCCCUCAGAGAAGGUCAGGUCCCCGCUGUGUGUGCCCACCCCGGCCUGUUCCACGCUCUGCCCUGACCCCAACGGAGCCCUCGCCUCCAAAUCCAGACACAGGGCGCCCUCUUGACCCAGUGGCAGCCAGGCUGCUCCACAGGGCCUCACCCAGUGUUAGCAAGGAUACCCCCUCCUCGGUAUCUGCCCCUAGUGACUUCCCGUCCACGGACCCCACUCUGCUUCCUGGCAGCGGCCCGGCUGGAUUCUCUCUCCCCUGUUUCAAUAGUCGUGAAUAAAGUCUUUCACCUUCAUUUAGCGAGGCUCAGAAUAACUUUUCCUAAAAGCCCCUGCCCUUCGUGGAAUCCGGGAAGCCUGAGGCUGAUGGGUGUGGCCUGGGGUCUGCACACCUGUUGGGAGGGGCCUGCUGUGGGUG